AUGGCGUGCGGCCACGGGAAGGAGAUGUGGAAGGCCACGUUCAUCGAGGUGGGGGACGACGAGCGCCAGGGCUCGCUCAGCCCGCGGCCCCGCAGCGAGCCCUGCAGCGAGCCGCCCUCCCUCCGCGGCGCGUUCUUCGAGGCCGACCGCGUGCGCGUCGCUGCGCUGUCCCAGCGCAUGGACGAGGUCUGGGCCUCGAACAGCCGGGCGACGAUGCGGCAGCUCCUGUCCGCAGACCCGGUCCUCGAGCCCCUGGGCGAGGGCCACGGCAAAGCCGGCGGAUGCGAUCGCGCCGUCCAGUACGAGAGCGAGUCGACGGGGAUCGGCUGGGGCAGCCUCUCGGAGUGCGGCACCUCCGACGCGGCUUCGGCUCGCGAGACCAGGCCCCCGGCGACGCCACGCUGCGAUCUCGCCGUGGCUCCCGCGACGCAGCGCAGCGGGGACGCGGUGGGCAGGAGGGGUCACGAGAAGGUGAUGUGGAAGGCCACGUUCAUCGAGGUGGGGGACGACGAGCGCCAGGGCUCGCUCAGCCCGCGGCCCCGCAGCGAGCCCUGCAGCGAGCCGCCCUCCCUCCGCGGCGCGUUCUUCGAGGCCGACCGCGUGCGCGUCGCUGCGCUGUCCCAGCGCAUGGACGAGGUCUGGGCCUCGAACAGCCGGGCGACGAUGCGGCAGCUCCUGUCCGCAGACCCGGUCCUCGAGCCCCUGGGCGAGGGCCACGGCAAAGCCGGCGGAUGCGAUCGCGCCGUCCAGUACGAGAGCGAGUCGACGGGGAUCGGCUGGGGCAGCCUCUCGGAGUGCGGCACCUCCGACGCGGCUUCGGCUCGCGAGACCAGGCCCCCGGCGACGCCACGCUGCGAUCUCGCCGUGGCUCCCGCGACGCAGCGCAGCGGGGACGCGGUGGGCAGGAGGGGUCACGAGAAGGUGAUGUGGAAGGCCACGUUCAUCGAGGUGGGUGGCGACGAGCGCCAGGGCUCGCUCAGUCCUCGGCCCUCCAGCGAGCCCUGCAGCGAGUCUGCCUCCUGCCGCGGCGAGUUCUUCGAGGCCGACCGCCUGCGCGCCUCUGCGCUGUCGCAGCACAUGGAGGAGGCCUGGGCCUCGAACGAUCGGGAGGCGAUGAGGAGCAGCCUCCAGAAGCGGCGCAUGUCUGCAGCCGCGGAUGCCAUCCACCUCCUGCCAGAGCAGCUGAUCAACGUGGUGCAGACCAAGGCGGAGAGCCUCGCCGACAGCGUGAAGAUCGACCUGUCCCUGGUGCAGAAGGCCAUCCGCCGCAGCGGCGGGGACGGCGACGCCGUCGACGUGGCCAUCGACCAGCUGGACAAGAUCCCAGGGAUCAUCAGGAGCUCCUUCGACUCGAAGAUCGUGGAUGCGAACGAGGCGAUACGGACGAAGCUGAGUGCCAUCAUGCAGAAGUUCAAGGGCCGUGCCCCUGAGAGUCAAGAAGUGGUGACGCAGCUGUGGACCAUCCCAGAGGAGCUCGAGCAGAUCACCUGGGAGGCGGUUGACAAGGCCGUGCAAGAGUCCCAGCGCGAGGCGGCUAGUUGUUGCGACCGCGUCUUGCGGAGCUUGCCAGAGGACGCGGGAUCAAGCCGCCGGGCACUGAAAGACGCCAAAUCUCAGAUCGUGGAGUCGAUGCCAGAGAUGUACUCCGCGACGAUGCGGGCCUUGAGGAGCACGACCAACGCGAACGUCAGGCACGCCGUUGCUUACGUGGACGACCCCAAGGACGUGCCUGUCACGAACCACUUAGUCGCAGACGUGCUUCUGAGGGCGAAGAUGGGCACCCUGCCGCACACGAACGGCGCGUCCCUGUACCAGCCUAGCCACUGCGCGGCUAGCUUGCUGGACUGCGUGAACGACGCCGGGGGCGACGGCUUUCUGGCGAACCACCGCAGCCAGUGCCAGGCUUAUGAUGUUCCAGCCUGCUUCCAGCCUUGA